AGGCCACUGGCUGGCGCAUAGCACAGGCUUGUGGUGGGCUGUUUGUCUGCGUGAAGCUGGCAUGGCCUCCAGUUCCCCUGCAUCUGGUCCCCAUUAGCAGAGGCGAGAGUAUAAAGCAGGGAGCUGACAGGGGCUGGGAACACUCGAGUUCCUGCCUGGAUCAUGGGGUUUACUAUCUGGCUGUGCGUGCUCUGCCUGCAGGCGAGCCUGCUGUCACACGCCCUCGACUGCUCAGGAGCAACACAGGGAGAGCUGUGUGUCAGUGGACAGACCGCAGACGGACAGUAUGAUGAGCAGAAGCAGCAGAGGGCGCUACCCUUGGCUGAAGGACUGGCUUCGUUCAGACGUAAGAGACAGUUGGAGCAGAGGGGUCCCACGCACCUGAGUCACUCCAGCCUGCCGGGGGCCGUUUCUGUCAGAGGCUUCCCUAACACUCUCAUCCAGGCUGACAGGUCCAGACGACACUUGGCUCAAAUUGCAAAUAAGAAAAAGAACAAGCGUAAAUCCCGCGUCGGCUCCUUCUCCCUCCUUAGCAACAAUAAGACAUCCAACCCCCUACAGGUGAUCAGAGCGAGGAGACAGGUGAAGAUGGAGCCAUCCAAGAGGGGCAACUCAGGUCGCUCUGGGGCUUUCUCUGUCCUGGGAGAUCCUCAGAAUGAUGGAGAGAACGACAGACCCAAAAGAAGCACACAGAAGAUGAGUGCUACAAAAUGAAAUGGCCUAAAGCCUAACAACGAGUGUGCGCGGUACAAACGUGUGCACAUUUGGCUAAAAACCAUGUAAACAAACUGAAGAUUGGUAUGAAAAUCUGACGAAUGAGAACUCCUCUGUUUACUUGGUCUGAGUAAUUCUGAUGCGUGUUCACAAUUGCCGUUUCAACUUUAAGCGAGCUUAAUUGUAUCAGCCAGUCUGCACUUUUAGGAUACUUUUAAUGUACUAUUUUAAGUUACUAAUAUAUUCCUGCAUGUUAUGAACUCACAACACAAAAGAUCCCAUAUUAAUAUUCCAUUUUGCCAUUUGGUUGUAACCUAUUUAAUCACAGAUUCCUUAUGAAGAUGGGGGGUAUAUUUUUGCAGUCCUAUUUCUUGUGUUGUUGUAUCAGAUUUCAAUAAAAGUUUAGUGGAGACA